AUGGAAGGAACGGACAAUCCAAAACCGAUUCCGGCUUAUUACUGCUGUUAUCUCCUACGGUCAACAGUCCGACACGCCUCGCUGUAUAUCGGUUCGACGCCAAACCCAAUUAGACGCCUCUUUCAGCACAACGGCGUCGCCAAAGGUGGGGCCAAGCGAACCGCCAGAGAUAAAUUACGGCCCUGGGAGAUGUCCCUUGUCGUCGAAGGUUUCAUGACCAGGGUCGGCGCUCUACAAUUCGAAUGGGCUUGGCAACACCCUGAAAGGUCCCGCCAUCUUGAUUCCGAUGACGAGUUAGGCUCUCAAACAGGACCUAAGCCCAGUGCCAAUGCGAAGACCGGCAAACUUAAGCCGAAACCCAAAGCACGGAUCAGAAGAUCUUUGAAAGCGCAUUUGGAGGAUUUACAUUCUCUGCUUCGCUCGACCUAUUUUUCCUCUUGGCCAUUGCGACUCCGCUUCUUUCGUGCGGAUGUCUACGGAGUAUGGCGACUCUGGAGUGAUCGUGUGCCUGGUCGGCUUCCUGACAAUAUCAAAAUCAUAUUAGAUGGAGACAACGUUGCCAAGGCGCCCGCCAAGCAAGACGAUGGACUCACAGUGGUCGGAAGUAUCAACAAUCUAUCGGUCGAUUACACAAGAAUCGAAGAUUAUCUUGAAAAGUCAAUGUUCAUGCUGGAGGAUCUAGAGGACCUACAGUGCGGGGUCUGUAAACAGUCGAUCUCUCCGGAAACAGAACAGAUAGCAGUGUGUCCACUAUCCGACUGUCGUGGCACAAGUCAUCUAUUAUGUCUAUCUACCAAUUUCCUUGAUGCGGUCAAUGAACCAGACCUCCUGGUGCCAGCCCAAGGGACUUGCCCAUCGUGUGAGAAUAUCGUGCAGUGGCCGGCAAUGAUGCGCGAGCUGAGUCUCCGCAAUCGGGCAGAAAAAGAAGCGCGCGCGAUUCUGAAAAGGAAAGAGAAACGUAUCCGCAAAGAGUCUGCCGCGACCAACGCAUCUUCAGGACUUCGCCCGUCUUCAAUUGAACCGACCACGUUACCAGAAGACGACCUAGGACCGGACUGGUAUGAGGGAGUCGAUCUGGAAUCCGACUCCGACUUCGAGAGCCAGAAAAAGCACCGCUCGAGUCGGCCUCCAUCAAAGCUCGAAAUUGUGAUUGAAGACAGCGACUGGGACGACGCAGAACUUGUGGAAUGA